ACGUCUUCAGCGGUGUACCUCGGCUAAAGCAAGAGACAGCGAAAAGCGCCCAAGUUCGCCCAAGACCGAAAAGCGGGAGAGAAAAUAAUAUAUACAUAUAUCUUCCGAGAGAUAGUCAGGCUCGCGGAACGCAAAAAGGCGUUACUGGUUUGCUUCGCUACACUCUGCAAGUCGGGUCCGGUUAGUCGGUUGUGCGUAGUGUGAAGGCGAAACAGGCGAAUUCUCUCGUCGCCCGGUGCCAUUUUAAAAGGUACAGGACCAGAUACGCCUGCCGUCUACAACGCCAACCCCCGGGGUUAGCCAAAAUCAAAGGAUUCUAGGAUUCUCUUCUGCUCCCAUCUGCAACAGUCUACAGCUCGCCGCUCCGCCAUGGUCCUCCGAAGCAAGCACUUGGUGCGCUUUGUAUUCCAGCAUCAGCAUAAACUGAUCCAGCAGCUCCUGCAGAAUCAGGUGAGGCUGUGCAGCGGCCAUGGUUUCCAGCAGCAGACGGCACUCAAGGUCGAGGAAGAGGACACUUUUCCGAAAAUCUCCGAUGCGCUCCCGAUUGCUGCCCCGUUUCCGAUGAAGCUAGAGCACGCCGCUGAUGUGGGCGAACAGUUUAAGUACACCGACCUGAGCGUGCGCCUUGCGGCACCUCACCAGCUGAAUCCGAAACCAGACGUAGAUGACCUCGCGUUUGGCAAGUACUUCACCGAUCACAUGCUGCGGGUACCGUACCACCGUCGCCUGGGCGGCUGGCAAAAGCCGGAGAUCACGCCAAUGGAGAACCUGAACCUACAUCCGGCGGCGAAGGUGUUCCACUAUGCGAUUGAGUUGUUCGAAGGGAUGAAAGCGUACCGCGGCUUCGAUGGAAAAAUUCGUUUCUUCAGACCAGAGAUGAAUAUGGCACGCAUGAACGUGACUGCUCACCGAUCCGGUCUGCCGACGUUCGACGGCGAGGAACUGAUUAAGGCGAUGGCCCGGCUUGUGAUGAUUGACUCCGAGUGGGUACCACACACGGAAUCCGCUAGCCUCUACAUACGCCCCACUUUGAUCGGCAUUGAGCCAACGUUGGGGGUAGCUUCGUCCGAUUCGGCUCUGCUCUACACCAUCCUGUCUCCGGUUGGACCAUACUUUAAGCCUGGUGCCAGUGGACUGAAACUAUACGCUGAUCCAAAAUACGCAAGGUCGUGGCCGGGUGGCGUCGGUGAUCGGAAAGUUGGGUCAAAUUACGGACCAACGAUCCAUGUGCAAAAAGAGGCACUGCGAAGCGGUUGCCAGCAAGUGUUGUGGUUGUACGGCGACGACCAUCAGCUAACCGAAGUGGGUGUGAUGAACAUUUUUAUGCUGUACACGAAGGAGAAUGGAGAGCGUGAACUUCUGACACCCCCCUUGGACGGACUGAUAUUGCCUGGAAUUACGCGAGACUCUAUCAUUCGUUUGUGCCAAGAGUGGGGAGAGUUUUCGGUUAGCGAGCAGAAGUUCACCAUGUCUAUGGUGAAGAAACUGUCUAAAGAGGGCCGACUUUUGGAACUGUUUGGCGCUGGAACGGCUGCCGUCAUCAGUCCGAUCGAUUGUAUCUCAUACUUGGGUGAGGAUAUCUCCAUACCGACGCAGAAGCAUGACAAUCCGCUGUUUGAACGCCUCUACAACACGCUCACCGACAUCCAAUACGGGAAGCUAGAACACCCGUGGGCGUACGUCAUAGAUUAAAACGUUGUGUCUUUUCUUCUUUCUCAACAUGUUUGCAUUUAUGCAAGAUAUGGUGUGGUUGAAUUGGUAUGUUUUGGUAGAUAGAGAGAAAAAUACUGCGUUAAACGGAUCUAGGAACGGAUUUAUAGUUGUGGGCCGAAAAGCGAGAGGCAAUAGAAUAUCUAUCUACAUCAAAAUGGGAAAAGAAGGUAAUAGAACAUCAGUUCACAGUUUCAGAAGUCUGAAGCAAUGAUCGAAUUCAAUAAGUAGCUGCACUCAACUUCACUACACUUUCCUACAUCCCGUUUUUUUUUUAAUUUUUUCUCCAAUCUGGCCACUAUACACACUUCACUUCGAGCGCACUGCCGUUAUCCGUUCUUCUAUCGAAACCUCAUCCUUAGUCUUACACCCAUUCUGUUUAUCAGCAUUCCCUUUCUUGCCUGUAUAUACAACAUUAGCUAUAUUAUUAGAAUAAUUUUCUCAUGUUUGUGGCCGUUGACAUUGAACUAAUUUAACAUUUAUGUAACACACAAAACCAACCAACAUCAUGCAUACCCUUCUGGCUACCGCCAGGAAAAGAAUUUGCGUAACAAAUAGGAGUUCAAAAUUGUCGCGGGUCUAAAUGUUUUGUAUUUAUUGCUGUUGAUGCUGUUCUUCGUACCAAGCGGGGAUGAGCAAAUUCCGCUUCAGUUUGUAUUUCCGGUUAACAAUGUAUGUUAGAAUAACAACACGGCAGGCUGUUGUAUAUAUGAUGUGAUGUAUUUUAUUGGCAAUCAUUCAAACACACAGGAAAAGUUGGUUGGUGAAGGAAGGGUAAAAUGGAGGAACCUGAUGCCAUUUCACUAGCAGUAAAAGACUUUUUCUUGCCAUUUCACCUACGGUGAUGAUUUGCGAAAAUGACAGACUAGAUAGGAAUGAGCGACAUCGAUAAUUUUACCUGUUUGUGGUUCAUCGUGCAUUUACUAGGAUUUUAAGGAGUAAGUCAUUUUCAUGCAAAGAGCAUAGCUGACAGAUCAGGAGCGUUUGAGGCUUUGAUGCAGAGGCAUGUAGAGUUGCUGGCUCGUUAAACACGAACGCAUUUUGCCAAAUGCAAUAUUCCGGAUGAAGGGUGCCGCGAAAACUCGUGGGCGAAAAGUGAUACGGCUGGAGCGCUCCGCAAUGUGAUGUGAUUUGAACUGCUAGACAAGGUGAAUUGCGUUAAAGUGCCACUCACCCCAACCGUGUUGGUUGUGGGUUUUUUGUUGUGAUAGGGUAUGUUUCCAUUUAUUUUCCACUGCAUUUUGCUAUAAUGAUGAAACUAAACUUUGUAUCUAAACAAGCUUACAUUGAAAAUGUAAAUUUAUUUCAUUUCAUUUAUUUUUGUAUUUUUAGUAAUUUUUUGUUUUAACACAACAAUGUUGUCGUACAAAUGGAGAAAAAAGUGCAUUUCACAACAUAUUUGUCUCUUUUUGUACAUAUAGCGAAAAAGAGCUCGCUUUGUUUAUGGAGCCAAUCCUGAUUGUUGGCUUAGGUAUACCAGAAAAGGGUUUAAUAGUGACUAACGGACGAAGCGACUAGCGGCCUUGCGCACAUACCUUUUGUGGCUCCUUGACAAGCGUUAAUUUUAGGUUAGUUGAUUUGCCUCAAAUUUGCUAUACAAUUCGCGAUAGUAGUAGUGCAAACACAUGGCAAAAUUAUACAAAUAGAAAUAAAUAAGGAGAAAGAAAAUUUAC